GCCGCUGCCUCCCUCGCGGACGGGGCCGGCCAGCUGAAGCCGCCAUGCAGCUGCAGCUGGGGCUGCUCUGGCUCCUGGUGCCGGGCUCGGCCGCGCUGGAGCCCAUCAGCCUGAGCAUCGCCAUCGGGGCGGCCUCGGUGCUCACCGGCUACCUCUCCUACCCCAGCUUCUACUGCGGCUUCGUGGAGUGCUGCCCCGGGGAGCGGGACCGGCCCAAUACCACCGCACUGAAGGAGGAUCUGGAUAAUAAACUCUUUGGACAGCACCUUGCCAAAGACGUGAUCCUGAAAGCAGUGACUGGAUUCAGAAACAACCCAAAUCCCAAAAAGCCACUCACUCUCUCCCUACACGGCUGGGGAGGCACGGGUAAAAACUUUGUCAGCCAAUUCAUCGCAAAGAGCAUUCACAAAGCAGGACAGAAAAGCAAAUUUGUUCAUCUCUUUAUAGCCACGCUACACUUCCCACAUGAUCAUCAGAUUACACUGUAUAAGGAUCAAUUGCAAACGUGGAUUCGGGGUAACGUGAGCGCCUGUGCCAGGUCCGUGUUCAUAUUUGAUGAAAUGGAUAAAUUGCACCCUGGCCUCAUUGAUGCCAUCAAGCCAUUCUUAGACUAUUAUGAGCAGAUUGAUGGGGUGUCCUACCGGAGAGCCAUCUUUAUCUUUCUCAGUAAUGCAGGUGCGGAUUUAAUUAAUAAAGUGGCUCUGGACUUCUGGAGGAGUGGAAAAGACAGGAAGCAGAUUCAGCUGAAAGACCUGGAACCUGUGUUAUCUGUAGCAGUCUUCAAUAAUAAGAAUAGUGGCUUGUGGCACAGCAGCCUGAUCGAUAGAAACCUCAUUGAUUACUUUGUCCCCUUCCUGCCCCUGGAGUACAAGCAUCUUAAGAUGUGCAUCAGGGCAGAAAUCGAGUCUGGUGGCAAGAAAAUCAACGAGGCGAUCGUUGACGAGGUGGCCAAGGAGAUGACAUUCUUCCCAAAAGAUGAGAAAAUCUACUCUGAUAAAGGCUGCAAACUUGUGCCGCAGAAGCUGUUGUUUUAUUGGGAGAGGUUAUGAGCAAUAUGGAACUGAGGUGGAACAAGGAACUCUAUGCCCUUUCCUCGCUGAAGCACUUUUAAUGGCAUUUUGAAAUCUGUCUCUUUGCACUUUUAAUAUUUUGGGACAUGUGGCAGGGAUCCUAGGAAUGCCUGAUUUUUCUUUUAUUUUUUUAAACCCCAGUGCUCUUCCUUAAACGGGCAGUACCCAAGUGUUGCCUUUUUAAUCUGGGAUAGACUCUAGAAAUGUUUGAGCAUAGCAUUCAUCACUGGAUCCAGCCUUCACUGCAUUGUAUUUUAGCAGCUGAGAUUGUUAAAAAUUCCAUCCUCUCCCUCCAACCCUCUCUACUAGACAACUGGAGUAAAAUGAAGGAAUCCUUCCGUUUGGCCACAGUCCCUUCCUAGCAUAUGGAAGGUCCAGUCCUAUUCCCAUUGAAAUCAAUGGGAGCUUUGGCCUUGACUUCAGCUGGCACGUCCAGGGUCCAUGAUAAUGGCAGCAGGGUUGAGGCCUUGAUACUUUGCUAGUUCAAAUGCCACUGUGCUGGAGGGACUCCUUGUGCUCGGAAGAUCAGUUCUCCAGGGAUGGAAAGGCAGGACCUUGGUUCAUUUCUGACUCUAAGCUGUCUUCAUGCCUCCUGCUCUGGUGAUGUGGAACGUUAAGGUGAACUCAAAGAAAUCUUGGGUUGGGGAGAAAUUAGUUGCUUCCCUCCACAGUCUCUAUCCCAAAGACUCUCUAUUCUUUCCCCUCCUCAUACGAAAUUUGAAUCAAAGGGAGUCCAAGUGCCUGUGGGCUUGGCUGCCAAUGGGUAUUUCUGUCCCUUUCCGGGUGGGGGGGUGGGAACCGUUCACCAGGGGUUUGACUGCUACAGCACCUCAGGCAAGUGUCUGGGGAAACAUUCAUGAGGGUUUGACUGUUACAACUUCUCAGGUCAGUAUUUGUGCACAAGGGUGGGCAUGAAAUCCACAAGGUGUUACAUUCCCUCCAAGCCACAGCCACGUAAUCCAGCAACAUCCCC